UUUUUAGUCUGUGGGGACUGCAACAGAUCCUGCAUAUUUGGUGACUGUCCUGACCAUGGGCCAUUAGAAUGGAUUGAUGAUCGUCAGGUGCCACAGGGGACCCAAUCUACGUGUAGAGACAGUCUUCCCAGUAAUCUUUGCUUGCGUCAAAUGGGUGUGUUUGCUAGGGAAAGGAUUGAAAAACGAGCAAUGUUUGGACCCUUCCGAGGACAGAAGAUACCUUUGAAGGAAAUGAAUUUUGAAGGGAGUGCCAACAUUAUGAACAUGUGGGAGGUAAGGGUUAAUUACUCCAUGUUUGAUCAUAGCUUUUUAAAUAACUUGUGUAAUAGGAUGGUACAUUAUAUACCUAAUGGUACCAUGUGAAAGUACGUCUGAAAAGGUGUCAUUUCUUCCGCAGACUCAAAAUGUAGAACUACAGCUGUACAUACUAAUUGUUACACAAUAGGAUUUCAUCGAUAGGCUCAAGAGUUAGAACUACAUAUCAAAUAAUUAAUAGUAGCAUUUGAAAGUACUGCUGAAGAGGUUUCAUUUAAAUUGUCACACCGUAGGAUUUCAUCCACAGACUCAAAAGUUAGAACUAUACAUACUAAAUUGAUGGUACCAUGUGAACGUACUGCUGAAGAGGUUUCAUUUGAAUUGUAACACCAUAGGAUUUCAUCCACAGACUCAAAAGUUAGAACUACAUACUAAAUAAAUAGUACCAUGUGAAAGUACUGCUGAAGAGGUUUCAUUUGAAUUGUAACACCAUAGCCCGAGGAUAUCAUCCACAGACUUAUAAGUUAGGACUACAUACUAAAUAAAUAGUAUCAUUGUGAAAGUACUUCUGAAGAGGUUUCUUUUGAAUUGUUACACCAUACAUGUAGGAUUUCAUCCGCAGACUCAACAGUUAGAACUACAUACUAAAUAAAAUAAUAGUACCAUGUGAAAGUUCUGCUGAAGAGGUUUCACUUGAAUUAUGGUACCAUAGGACUUCAUCCACAGACUCAAGAGUUACUACCACCUUUCAAGACUGCAUCACUGACUCUGAAAUUGAAAGGGGUUUAAAUGUUGUUCCAGUGUAACGUGUAACCUUCUGAUGUUUGUUUGCCAGGUUUUUGAAGGUGGAACAGUCAGCUAUAUUAUUGAUGGUACAGAUGAAGAUCACAGUAACUGGAUGCGGUUUGUGAAUUGUGCACGCGAUGACAAAGAACAGAACCUUCUGCAAGUGCAGUACCGUGGUGAGGUCUACUUCAAGACCCUUGUACCCGUGGAGGCAGGCAGUGAACUGUUGGUGUGGUAUCAGGAUAGUUGUGUCAAGCCUUUGGACGGCUCAUCACACCAAACGGGUCAGUGAGUUGAUCACUUGUAAUCAGGCUGUUAGCCAGACAUUGAAAACUGGCCCUCCAGAGAGUAUGUUUUCCCAUAAAAUUAUGAGAGAUUAAGUGAGUUUUCCUUGUAUUUCUUCCAAAAAUGGGCGUCCAUAGGAUAGCUGGACACCCUUCUGGCUACGCACGGAAAUCAUCCUUUGACCACUCCGCUUAUAUGACCUCCCAUAUCGUUAUUGAAGUACCAUUCCUUUAAAGUGCCAAUAACCUAAAAAUUUUUAUCAUGUUAACUGAAAGGACAGAUUAGUACAAGAGAUUCUUAAAAAAAACGCGUUUUCAACAAAAUGAGAUUUUUUAAAAUAGAAUUCUAAGUCUAAAUUGUUUUUGCCUACCCGUUCCGCUGAUUACGAAACUGGCAGGCUCGUAUGUGAAAACAUGAGACAUAAAUUAAGGAACUGAAGCAGAGGAUUUUAAGCAUGUUUAUCCCUCUCCUAGGCUCGCUAAUGUUGUUGCUUCUUACUGCGACACAUCUAAUUGGCUUGUUUUACCGUUUAACAGCAAUUUCAGUUUGUGAAUUGGAAGAAAAAUUUCUAGAACACACUUGUUUACUUUCUGUCUUAAGUCACGUGUCCCUUAAUGCACGUCAUAGUUGCUCAAUCUCACAGCUUCUUUGUUCCCGAGAGGUUUUCAAGAGAAGACUAAGACGAAUUGAUUGACAAAGUGGCGGCAAAUAUGAACGUUCCAAGAAAAAUCUAAAAAAAAAUCGUGUCAUGUUCAAAACGCAAAAUUAACAAUGUGUACUUUCAAUUAAAGAACGUUUUGGUUAUGGUCACUUUAACGUAAAAAUAAAAAGUCGGUGAGUCCUUUUCUUGUACAGUAGACUGACGUACAUUCAAUUUCUCCUCAUAACACUGCUUAUUUUCACAGAGGGUCUGUGCUACCCCUUGAAGUCUAUGAAAAGCGUUGGAAUCAAAUUGUUGAUUUUCCAGCGCGUUUGAAAAGUAAUUUCUGCUUAAGUGUUCGAAAAUUCCUUGCAUUUUUUCUAGUAUUAUAUUAAAGUAGUUUUUCGUCAGAUAAAUUGAGCUUAAAUAUGAAAACCGGGGACAGAUAGUUUUGGCUUAACAUUCCUUGAAAAGUCAGUUAAAGGUGCUUUAAUACUCUUUGCAAUUUAAUAAUGAAAACGCAGCUAGAACCCUGACCUUGGCUUCCUUCAGAAUAAAAAUAGGUCAGAGAAUGGCUAAAAGAGAGGUAAAAGCGGGGUGGUAGUUGUGGAGAGAUGUCCGCCAUAAACUGCCCACCUACCCCUCCCUUAAGCCAACAUUAACGCUUACUGCCCACUUACAGCAAAAUGUUGGCUUAGGGGAUGGGUAGGUGGGCAGUUUCCCAGAAACCUAAAUUGAUCCGAUUUGAUGUUACUUGUGUAUAACAUCCCGGUGGUGGAUCCAGGGGAGGGGCCCGGGGGGCCCGUCCCCCUCCCUUACUUUUAGCCCAAAGGGCCGAAAUUGUUUUUUUGAGACCGUUCCCCCUCCUUAUCUCAGGGUCUGGAUAACCUCUAAUCCCCCCCCCUUAUCUGAAGGUCCUGGAUCCGCCACUGCAUCUAAAUCACGUAAGAUUGAUUUAAAAUUUUUUUCUUUUUUUAUCGCCAGGUCAUGAUUUUGUCUGUGAUGUGUGUAAAUUGGAUUUUUCCGGGCCAACCUUUCUCCUGAGGCACAAGUCAGUUCGCUGCCCUGGAAUAGCGCAAGUACCUUACCUUGUACAUCAGCCAGAGGCGCAUGAUAAUGGGACACCCAUUAAUGGAGGCUCUUCGACAGAUCCUGUCGGUCAGACCGAGUCAUCGUACGUUGUUGUUCACCUGGAGCCCAAUGCUAUUGAAAACCGUGUAACGAAAAUUGAUACAGUGGAGGAUUCGCCUUACGUUGUCGUACAUGUACAACCAGCGCCUACAACCAGCUCAAACAAUCUGGGAACCGGGAAGCGUCGAAAACGGAUCCUCGCCGGUGAUAAGACAGUCAACGCAUCGAAAAAACCUAGACAAGUAAAUACGCGACAACGAGCCGCUGUGAAUAGAGAGAAGGAAGCCAAGAAAGUCGCGAGCAAAGCACGUUCGACUGUGGAUGCUGUUAAGGAAGCUAGCAAGGUCGGUAGCAAGGGACGUUUAACAAAAGCUCGGGGAAGGCCGUUGUCUAAAGCCCAAACUGUUAAGAAUGCUGCAGCCAAUAAAUCAUUGACUCCUAAGAGAACUAAAGAAACAAAACGAACUUCAACUUCUAGUGCCUCGAGAUCUCGCGGCGGAACUGUUAGGAAGGUUAAACAGAAUGGAACUGUUCAGAGUAAAAGUGUUGCGCCAACAGAAUCAGUCUCGUCGAGUACUCGGGAGGAAUCAGGUGACGCAAAGAAAGAUGGGCAGAGAGCCACGGACGGCAAUAAAGCUUUAAAGAAAACGUCUGGAAGAAAGGCAGCGUCCAAAGGCGCGAAGACAAGAAGACGAGAAAUUCAAAAACAGUAUGAUGAAUCAAAAUCAUCUUCUUCUCGGAAAAGGCGCAGUGAAAAUAUGGCAACAGCAGAAAGUGAUGAUAUAAGUAUUGAGAAACAAAAACAAACUGCUGACAAGACAACGGGUAAAGAGAAUAACGCCAAAGCCUCAGAAAAAAAGGGAAGAUAUAUCCCAGCAAAGAAGCAGAAGGCGCCUGUUUUAAAGGAGAAGCCUGCGAUAAAAUGCGAGAUUUGUCGAAAGAAUUUCAAAUGGAAAUCGCAGCUUAACUACCACAUGCGAUGUCACACAUCUGAGAAGGAGUUCAAGUGUCCUUUUUGUAAUAAAGGUCUGUCGCAGAUGUCCUCUCUCAAGCGGCAUUUACGCGUCCACAGUGGAGAGAAGCCUCAUCAAUGUGAGGAAUGCGGCAAGCGGUUUCUGGAGAAGACAAGGCUGAUAUAUCACCUAAGAAAACACAGAGGGCAUGAACCGGAGAAAAAAUACAAGUGUGGUUUUUGUGAUAAACGUUUUACACUGAACGCUAAUAUGAAAACGCACGAGCGUACUCAUACCGGAGAGAAGCCUUAUCCUUGCCCACAAUGCGGCAAAAUGUUUAGGCGCAGCUCAGAUAUUUCCAGUCAUCUACGAAGCCACACCGGGGAGAGGCCCUACAAGUGUUCCCAUUGUCCCAAGGCGUUCACGAUGAUCUCGCAUCGCAAGCGACAUGAAAUUAUCCACACAGGAGAAAGGCCGUUUAAGUGUGAUAUUUGUGGUAAAGGGUUUACUCAGCCAAACUCGGUUAAAGCUCACUUGAAGGUCCACGCUAGGAAAGAAGCUCUGGCUGAAAGCCGAGGCGACGAUGCCGUGCAACGUCCACGAGAGAGCGUAUCAAGCAAUGCUGCAGCGGUGCAGACCACUGAUGAAGGUGAAUCUAGGGGAGAGAUUGCACAGAAUAGCGGUGCAGAGCAGAUGCAGAUAGACAGCGCUCCGGGCCCAGGGUCGACUACAGGGACUAGUGCUGUAAUAACAAGCACUGAAACGCUGUCCAGCACACAAACAAAACCAAUAGGUACCGAACGUUCACAUCAAGGGGAUGAUGAUUUAACGCAAGUAGGUAUUCAACAUCAAGGUGCGGCGAGCCUUUUGUUGUUGGGAACGAUUCCUGAAGGACAAACGGGACUCUUCAAUUUGAGGAACACUGGAGUAUCUGAAACAGCGGCACAGAGCAUUGGAGAUCACUUGCAGUUAAGUUGCACUAAUGCCGAACAGUUUACUAUUGUAAGUUCUCAGGUGAAUGCAGGAUUAAUGCCGCUACCCUGUAUUCCUCAGGUCGGCUUUGACUGUGAGAAUGUACCGUUACAACUGGAUCAAAGCGGUGGGCAGAACCACGUCCAUGUUAAUGAAGGAGAAGAAACCGCAUCAACCCUUCUCGCACUUUAA